AUGCUUUCCCUUUAUCCGCCAGUAUUAAAGGUUUCGUCGUCGGAAGGCUUUAUACCUGAAUCUGCUGAAAUGGGAACGACUGUACGUACAUCACCGUCGCUGCAUUCAGAAUCUUUACAAAUUCUUGUACAAGAUGGUGAUCUGAAGCCCGGUAUGCCACCAGCAACAUAUGAAUACAUUCUGACCGGUCUUGGCGCUUCAAUAUUUGCUGUUGACCAGCAAGGCUAUGUUUACCUUAAUGUACCUGACGUUGACGCUGAUCCCCCAAAUCCGUCAACUUAUCAACUGAAUAUUGAAGCCCGUGAAGUAAACACUACUCCUAUUCGAAGUAGUGAGCCAGUAUCAAUCACCAUACAUAUCAUGGACGUUAAUGAUAAUCCUCCGACAUUUUCGUCACCGAUAUAUACAGCAAACGUGAGCGCAUUUGGGGCUGACAGACCGGUCAUUGAGGUAAAUGGUUGUGUAUAUGCAAUAGAUAAUGACGCUGGAAAGUUUGCGCAAAUUGAAUAUAAAAUAGCAUCAGUAACUAAUGGUGCACAAGCACAUUUUCGUUACGAUGCAGAAAAUCGUAUGCUCAGAGCCAUGGGACAAUUGACACCUGGAGAGCAUUAUCAAGUGGUUUUGGAAGCUCGGGAUGGUGGCGGUCUAACCAGUCAAGCAGUGAUUAUUGUUUUGGCUUUGGGUGAUUCUCAUUCUCUAAUGUCUAAUGCACUAGAAUCUAGUGUUGAAUUUAUGGGUACACCAGCUAUGCCAAUAUUUCCAGGAUUUGUUGUUACAACUCCAGCCAGUGCUGAAGAGUCGUCGGAAACAAUUCAAACAUUUGUGACCGAACUUAGUGAAGCAACUCCGGCAAACUCUUUAGUUGUUUCGCUUGGAGACGAUGCUACGAAAGGCAAAACAUAUUUUGUAAUUGUUGGUGGUAACGAUGAAGGAAAAUUUGCUAUAGAUGAGAAUACGGGGACAAUUACAACUGUGGAUCAGUUUGACAGAGAAACAACGGCAAUGUACAGUCUGCAAAUCGAAGCAAGAUCAAGAAACCCCGAUCAGCAUCUAUAUUGGACGGUUGUUCAGGUCGCAGUAUUGGAUAUAAACGACAACGCUCCGGAAUUUAGCGGGCCACAACCGGUUCGGUUACGCGUAAACGUUGAUGAUAUGGAAGAGCUGAAGCCAAAUAUGAUAGUCGGAAGGGUUAAUGUAAAAGACCCAGAUUCUGAAGACAAUGGACGAAUUCAACUGAAAAUUGUUCCACCAAUGGACAAAUUGUUCUCGAUUGCCAACGAUGGAGUUUUGACUGUAAACGGUGAAUUUACUGGCGCACACUUUGGCGAACACCGAUUGGGAAUUAUUGCUACCGAUCAGGGAGAUCCAGCACUUGAAUCAAGAGGGAAUGUUGAAGAUUAUACAAGUCUCGAAGGAAAUGGACUUGCCAAAUAUCAACUGAUACCAGAAGAUUAUACACAACAACCAUUAUUUACAAUUCCGCCAACAAUCACAGAUUUCAUCAGCGUGCCGACAACAUCGCAAGAAAUAUUCAUGCCGAUAGUGACAUUCCCAUCAUCAACUCCAUCCACUUAUGAUAUAUCUUCGCAUGAAACUCAAACCAUACAAUCUGCAAAUAUCGGUGGUAUACCAGCAGUAACAAAUCAAUCAUUCAUGUCAACAACGUCAUCGUCUUCGUCACUUCGACUCGCUCCGGUUUUUGAGCCAUCAAAAAUAACAAUUUUGGUAGAAGAAAAUGAAGGUGACACAGAGUUAACAAAACUUCAUGCAUUUUACACUGAUAAUCUUCCCGGCACAGUAACUUAUUUGAUGAAGGCAGGAGAUCCUAGAUUUUUCAGCAUUAGCAGUUUUACUGGUUCAUUGAUGUUGCUGCAACCAUUAGAUGCUGAAACAGACUCAACAUUUGAAUUGCAAAUAAGUACUGCUGAGGCAAUGGUACUCGGCAAAGAUCCAUCUGCUGCUCAUACAGCGUAUGUCACAGUCAAAGUUGCUGAUGUUAACGACUGGAUUCCCAAUUUUGAAACCAACAGCUACACGUUUACCACAAGUUCAGGAACACCACCUGGUACAAUAAUCGGUCAAGUAGUUGCUUUUGACCAGGACAGAGACGAGCCAAAUAACAAAAUUCACUAUCGUUUGGUAAACAACGAUGGGUUAGAGUCGUAUUUCGCUGUUAACGCUGAAAAUGGUUUAAUCACACUUAAACGAGAGAUUGAUGCUUUUGUCAAUGAGAGACUUACUCUGCGAAUAGAGGCUGAUGAUGGUGGGACACCGAAACAGUCAAGUCAAACGAUUGUUCUAAUAGACGUGGAACCGGCUGAAAGCGUAAUUAUACCAAAGAAUCUGCAUUCUUUUACGUCAGCCCCUGACAAAGACCAAAUACAGUUCUCAUUACGCAACUACACAGCAUCGGUAUCAGAGGCAGUUCGACCACCUCACCUAGUACAAAUUUUGUCUGUAAUCAACAAACCAGCUGAUACACGAUUUAUUGUAUGCGCCAUUGCGUCAGGAAACUAUCGGGGCGCAUUUGGUAUUUCAACUGGAGCUGAUGGGAACUGUGAGCUAAGAACACAAAUGGAAUUGGACAGGGAAACGACGGAAAGGCAUUUGCUAAACGUUACCGUAUCGGCGGGUUCGCAAACUGAUUUUGCUCUGGUUGGAAUUACAGUUCUUGAUGCUAACGACAAUGUGCCCCGUUUUAUCUACGACAAUGAUUUGGGCCUAGAAACCUAUUUUGCUGGAAUUGCCUCAAAUGCUGGAGCGUUUACAAAAGUUAUUACCGUUAAGGCAGAAGAUGCUGACCUUGGUAAUAGCAGCGUUAUUAUGUACAAUCUUGACCCGUUGUCGGUAGAUACCAAGUUUUUCUCAAUAGGCCAAUCUGGAGAAAUAACAACAAAGAUGAGCAUGUCACAAGUGCUCCAGAAAAACCGGCAGUCUUACUUUGAAAUUCGAGCAACGGCAUGCGACUCACCGAUUACUGGGCAACAGUUGUGCUCUAAGGCUGAUAUUAUAGUUAAUGUAAUUACGAAUACACAUCGGUUUGUGAUGACCGUCAGCGGUAUGCAGCCUCAAAAGUUGCGUGAUCACGAACAAGAUAUCAUAAAAGCGUUAAGGCAGUUUACCGGAUCCUGUACUUUGUUGAGUGUCGAAAAAAUGAAUGAGCAAAUAAGUGAUACGCAACAGAUGCAAACAGAUGUUUACUGGUAUGCUGUCAAUCCAUCAACUAAAAGAAUUUGUAAGAAACAUGAAUUCAGAAAAUUGUUCGAUAAUUCUGCGAUAGCAAUGAUUGCUGGUAAACUUCAACCCUGGUUAGCAAUGGACAAGAUCAGUGACGAGAUUAUGAGCGACUAUGAUGUGGUGGAGGAAAGCGGCUUAUUUGGAUCAAACUUCAAGUUCGCAUCCAUAGCACUGAUCGUUCUGGCUAUCUUGAUCGCUGUUGGAGCCUUGGCUGGAAUAUGCGGUAUUUGUAUAUGUUAUUCUCGAUAUAAAGUUAGUCAGCGGGCGGUACAUGCGUACCCGAAUAUCUAUCCGAUGCCUAAAUUUGGUACAAUAUUUUUACCAAAUGGUCCUGCCAAUGGUUCACAUGAUAAAAUCUAUGAAACUCAGAUGCUUGAAUUGCCGAUCAGUGACGAAGACUUCACUGUAAAAGGUGGAAGUCAUGAAACAGUGCGAUCUACAAGACAGAGUAGUGGAAGACAAAACUAUCGGAAUUAUGGGAGGCCAAGAACCGGUGGUGGGGAUGAAGGAGAUUUUUCAAUAGAGGAGAGUAUGUACGCAAUUAAUAUGCCAGGUCGGAUCGACCCAGUCUCAAAGUAUGCACGUUAUUGGCUUCCUUAG